AUGAGCCGCAGCCUCUCCUUCGUGGAGCUGAUCAACCUGGCCAUCGGGACGCCGGAGGUGGGCAAUGUCAACUUCAACGCGCUGCACCUGUUCCUGCACAGCCUGGUGGAACACCUCCGCCUGCAGGACCUGAGGAAGGAGGUGUCGGCGGAGGAGAUGCAGUUCAUCAAGCCGCCCCCCAGCCCCGGGGCCCCUGCAGCCACCUCGGCCACCAAGCCGCCCCCCAGCCCCGGGGGCCCUGCAGCCACCUCGGCCACCAAGCUGCCCCCCAGCCCCGGGGGCCCUGCAGCCACCUCGGCCACCAAGCUGCCCCCCAGCCCCGGGGGCCCUGCAGCCACCUCGGCCACCAAGCUGCCCCCCAGCCCCGGGGGCCCUGCAGCCACCUCGGCCACCGAGAGCCUCCCUGCGGCCCAGGCGCCGGUCUCCAUCUUCCACCAGAUGCUGGAGAGGAUCGGUGCCAUGGAGAAGCAGCUCCAGUUCUUGAAUGAGCCCCCUGACACGGCCGAGCUGCUGGCUCGCAGCCAGGGCCUGGGCCAGCCCGCCCUGGACAUGUGGCAGAUGAUGCAGCUGAAGAGGAAGAUGGAGCUGAACGAGGAGGGCAUGACCAAGGCCAUGAACACGUUGCAGGACCUGCUGAACAACAUCUGCUCCCUGAAAAUCGCCACGGAAGGCUUUCAGAAAGAACUGGAGAAGCUGAAAGGAGACGUUGCCCAGAUCGACGGAGAAGAAAUGAAAAAGCAGCUGCUGGGCCUGGACAAACAGGCCAGGAUGAUGGAAGAAAUGAAGGAGCAACUGGGCCUGGUGAAAGAAAGGGUCAGCCAGUCUGCAAGUGCCUCAAAGGUGGUGUCCUGGAGUGCCCUUUGUGAGACGCUCACCGGCAAAGUAAGUACGGCUGAAUUGCAUCCUCACCCUGAAGGCCCAGAUGGGGCACCCAGCAUCUCUCCCUGCCUGCCUAGUUCCCUUGGCAUGAUGGGAGCAAGCCCGCUAACACACAGAAGGGAAGAGGACAGGGGCAGAAAGGACGGGGGCAGAAGCGAAGAGGACCGGGGCAGAGAGAAAAAGGACAGGGAAAGGAAGGAAGAGGACCGGGGCAGAGAAAAGACAUCUCGGGAAAUCCUGGCUGUUCUGAGCCAACUGCCGGAGAAGCAUGAAGCUCUCCUGAAGCACAUCGCUCAGCUGGAGGCCCAAUUGAAGUACCCAGCAGGCCCUGCAGCUUUUGAAAUGCCACCCGAGCUGAAGUCGCUGCUGGAACGGAUGGAGAUACUGCAAACGCAAAGCCAGCAGGGAAAGGAGUCUCUGCAAGAGACGCUGCAGCAGGUGGAGCAGCUGAGGGAGCAGUUUGAGAACCUGCAGCAGGGAGUGGAGAGGUUAUCCAGGAGCAGCACGGAGUUGCAGAUCUUACGCAACUUGUUGCAUCAGUUGGAUGUCAAGAAAGCCGACAAAGACUCGAUCCAAGAGGAGAUGAAUGUGAAAGCCGACAAGAGCGCGCUGGAGGCCAUGGUGAACCAUGGGCAGCUGCAGUUGGCCACCAGCCAACUCAGCGAGAUGAUGCAGGAGCUGCUGCAGAAGAUGUCCCUGCAGGACAAGGACUGGCAGAAGGCCCUGGAGAAGCUCUUUGUGGACAUGGACUGCAAGCUGGACCGCCUGGCCCUGGACCCCGUGAGCCGGCAGCUGGAGGAGGUGUGGAAGUUCAUCAAGAAGUACCUGACGGAGGGCCCCCGCUUUGAUGCGGACAGCGCAGCUGGCUUCAAGAAGCAGCUCUUUGAGAGAGUGAAAUGCAUCUCCUGCGACCGGCCAGUGACCAUGAUGACCGGGCCGCACAUGAUCACUGUCCGGAAGGCCACGCUGAAGCCCCGCCCAGUCAGCGCCAGUGGCUACGAAUACCUCUUCCACCAGCAGAAAAGGGAUCAAGAUCCGAGCGAGAUGAGUGGCAACCCCCCUUUGCAGACCUGCUGGCAGUGCCAAACCCAGCAGCAAGCCUGCGCCCUCAAGCACCUGUCCCGGGCUCAGGACUUCGCCACCCUCUAUCCCUAUGGGGACCCCACUGCCAUCACCUACGACAACACUGAAGUGGACAUUCUGGGGGUGAACGGAGUCCUUUACAAAGGCCGAGUGAGCUCGCAUGCAGCUGAGCGGACAUUUGCCCUGCAGAAGGAAUUUGCAGCUCUGAAGAUUCCCCGGCCUCCAACGGGAGUGCGAAUGGAGAGAGUCCGCUCUGCCUUUGCAGACAUCAGUGCGGUGCCCUACCCCUCCUCUGUCCUCCAUCGAGUGGGGUCGGCAAUAGCCCACAGCAACCAGCGACCGCAACAGCUUAGCUGUGAUCCUGUGGACAGAACAGGCAUCAGUGCCGCCCUCAGCGAAAGCCACGUUCCGAACGAAAGGGACGUUCCAGGCCUGGGCAGCCAUAACUUUUAGCAGACUCCUUCCCUGAAGGCUUUGGUCAUUCCUGCCAGCUCUCCGAUGCCGUAGCGGAAGAAGCUGCUUCUUGUCCAUCUGAAACAGGGGCCACAGGCUUGCCUGGCUGUCAAAGGAGAGCGGCUGUGUCCACACUACCAUCAUGCCCGACGUACGUCAGAUGUUCAGCAGAUCAUGGGCUAACAUGGUGCUUCUCUCCGUGGUGAACCAGGAUUAAAAAACAAACAUUCAUUAUGAUGACAGUGGAGACAAGUGUCGCAGGGGCCAAGAUCUGCCAGGGGUUCCAGUUUGGGCCCUGGCAUCUUCAGAAGCUUGGCCAAUGAGCCUCUCCUUCCCUUUCCACAUGGGACCCCGGAGAUAUUCCUGAUACUGUCUCAGCCUUGGCACAGGAAAGCAUUCAUCUAGAGAGAAAAUGAUUCUAUAAAGAUUCUUUUUCUACACGCUGU